CGCCCCUCCUCCUUAUCCCUUCCCCUCUUCCCUGUCCCCCUUCACAGCUGGCUGUAGCUGGCCAAGGAGGUCUCGAUUAAAGAGGAAGGGGCAGUGCUCACAUUUCUGGGCAGAGGCCAGUCAGAGAGGCACUGCCUCAUUACCCAGGGACUGAGGCCCUUGUCAGCUGUAACAAACCUGGUUCUAGGCGUCUGGAAAAUAUGAGAGGCCACCCCUCUCUGCUGCUGCUAUACAUGGCAUUAACCACCUGCCUGGAUACUUCACCCGGUGGGGAGACAGACCAAGGAGUCCAGGACCCAGCCCCUUCCUCCUUCAGACCCAGGAGUCUGGAUUCCCAGCCCCUGCUCCUUCCUCCAGGACCCCACUGCUUUCCAGCCCCUUAUGACUCCAGCUCUAGGGACCCUCCAUUUUUCUGUCCCUCAUGUCUUUGGGUCCAGAAGUCUUCCUGGGUCCCCCAGAGGCCCAGAGCUUCCUGAGUAGCCAUACCCGGAUUCCAAGAGCCAACCACUGGGACCUGGAGCUGCUCACACCAGGGAACCUGGAACGGCAGUGUCGCGAAGAGAGGUGUUCCUGGGAAGAGGCCAGGGAGUAUUUUGAGGACAACACUCUCACGGAGCGCUUUUGGGAGAGCUACAUCUACAAUGGCAAAGGAGGGCGUGGACGAGUGGAUGUGGCAGGCCUGGCUGUGGGGCUGACAUGUGGCAUCCUGCUCAUUGUCCUGGCCGGCCUGGGAGCCUUUUGGUAUCUGCGUUGGCGACGGCGCCGAGGCCAGCAGCCCUGUCCCCAAGAGGCCGGGCUCAUUAGCCCUCUGAGUCCUUUGAGCCCUCUGGGCCCACCGACGCCCCUGCCUGCACCCCCACCCCCACCCCCACCCCCGGGCCUCCCCACCUAUGAGCAGGCGCUGGCAGCCUCUGGGGUGCACGACGCACCUCCACCCCCCUACACCAGCCUCAGGAGGCCUCACUGAAGAGUUGCUUUCGAGACCCGGCUCUCCGAACCGUGUCCCUGAUUCAUACCGGAUUCCGGAAGCUCCUAGGCCUCGUAGACGCCGAAGCGGACUUGGAGGGGGGGAUGGUGGGAGUAGGGGUCAUCCGGCCCGAGGCCUGCCCUGGCACACGCGUUUCCGCCGCGUAUGGAUAUACACAUG